AUAUUUCAAGAUCAAAUUUGUAUUUAAUAAAGAAAAUAUUUUUAUUUGAAAAUACUGAUAGGUAUAACAAAGUAGUGUGAAGAUAAAAAAAAGGAAGAGAGACAAGCACACUGCGGUAAAAUAACCUCUGCUAAGAUCUAGGAAUCCAAGAGUUCGUAGGAUAGGAAGUGCGGAACUUAAUCAAUAUACAGUGUCGGCAAUCAGCUGUCAACUAAAGAAUGCCUCUGUUGCGGUGUGCGAGCCAGGCUCUUGGGAGAAUGACCUUGCAACCCAAACAAAAACACUUUCUCUGCCAUUACGGUAACUGUUGGGGCCCCAGCUCUGACAGGGAAAGGGAAUCAGCAUGAUGGAACCAGAUGGGGUUGUUCCAAUUAAAUGUAUUGUGAAUGUAGUUCACAAUACAGUUGUGAAUGUAUCUUGACAUUUAAAAGUCUAGACCCCGAAUAUAAGAGGACCCCACUUUUUCAGACGCAUUUCCCGUCGUAUUCUGUUCGGGUCAUUACGGUACUUUAUCAACACACCUCCUCCUUGCUCUUACGCGUCAGAGAAACAUGGCGGCCUGCUUGAACCGGUUGCAUCACAUAUCACUACAUGUUUCACAUGUGGGCAACAUAGCAAAUUAUCUGGUUUCAAAGCUGAAAUUUGAUUUAUUUGCAGCGAGACAUACCGACGAGGUGAGACAGUUUGCGUUCAGGAGAGGAGCGGCGGUGUUCUUGGUGAACGAGAGACCUCUUAAGAGCGGUCUGACAUUGAAUGGGGAAACGCGAGACCUGCAGGACCAGCCCACUGAGUUGUACAACAACCUGCACAACAACAGCGACAACGGCCACCCUCAGGGAUGUCUCUAUGAUGUCGAGACCCCCUACUCGGUCGACACUGUCUGCAAUGUGUGUUUCGAGGUGCAGGACGUGGAGAGGUCAUUCAAGGCUCUCCUGGACCAGGGAUGCGACCUGCUGGUCCCGCCGACUGUGGUGCAGGACAGCGGGGGAGCUGUCAGCUACACCGUCGUUAAAUCGAUCGUGGGCAAUGUCUGCCACACGCUCAUUGACAGGACUAAAUACGAAGGGAACUUCCUACCUGGGUUUAAUGACAUUACAAAUUUGAGCACCAGGGUGGCUGAUUCUGACAAGCCUGGUACAGUGUCACAUUUUGAUCACAUAACGUAUGCCUGUCCGACGAAUACCACGUCCCAGGUCAUGCAGUGGUAUGACAGGUGCUUUGGUUUCAAGAGGUUUCUCCUUGACAGUAAUGAAGAUGAGGGCGAGGGUUUUGUCUUGAAUGGAGAUGGCAUUGGGCUGAGGCUCACUGCCAUGGAAUACUGGAAAUGUGGCGAGGCUGGCAUGAAGUUCUCCUUCACGGAUAAGAAAGAACCAGAAUGCAAAUUUGUCGUUGCAGAAUCCCUACCUGGGCAAGGAAGCAACCAGCUGGACACCUUCUUGACGCAGCACGGGGGGCCGGGGAUCCAGCACAUCGGCUUGUACACAGACGAUAUCGUUUCUACUGCGCAUGCGAUGGCUGAAGCCGGUGUGCAGUUCUUCUCUCCACCCCCCACCUACUACACAGAGGUCAAACGGCAGGAGAUCGAGGCGGCCGGCCAACGGCCAGAGAGGCUGGCCCAGCAUGGGAUCCUCCUGGACACAGACAUGCGCCACGACGCCCGGGACCAAACCGCGGAAAACAGGUACCUACUCCAGUUGUUCACCAAACAUGUAUUUGAGGAGGAAACGUUCUUCCUGGAGCUCAUAGAGCGACGGGGGGCCAGUGGCUUCGGGGAGGGGAACAUCCGAGCUCUGUGGAAGGCCGUACAGGCCAACAUGGAGAAGGAGAAGGAGGCGUCGGCGAAGAACAGCCCCGAUGCUAAGAGCGGCCAUCAUUGACGAUGACUCUGACUAGUACUACUGAUAUCGUUAUUUUAUUUGUAUUUAUCUUCACGUUAUUUUUUAUUUAUCUAAUGAUGAAUGUAAGGGUUUCUAUGUUGUAUGGGUAUGAGAAAUGUUUAUGAAACAAAUGGCACUGAAAAGUCAGCUUCUGCUGUUAUUUAUGGUUUCAGAAGAUAGAAUACACUCCUGUUAAAGCACUUAAAAUUAAAUCAGAAUGUAGUAACAUGCAUAAAUGUAACAUUUAUGGACCAUAAUGUAUGACUGAAUCAAAAUAUGUGCCGUUCCACUGUUCACAAAACUUAAUUAUAGAUAUAUAUUAAAAAAAAAUGUGGAUAUCAAAUAACACAUGCUGAAAAUGUAAACAUUUAAAAACUGAAAUAUGAAAUGAAAUACAUUUUGCAACAACAGGCACAUUUCUUCGUCCUCCCUGAAAUACAUCAAUUGUCUUGGUCCUUGAAAAACCCCUGGGCAGUCAAUGCUACUCUGACCUUGGAGCUAAAUCAAUACACGGGGGUUGAGACCGGUAUUCCUUCUGUGAGCUCAUAAACACGAGGCAAAAAGGAUCAUUUAUAUUUGAUGGGUAAUAGAACAAUUAUUAAGUCAAUCAAUUAUAUUUGUAUAUCCCCUAAUCUCAUAGGACUUCACAGACCACUUUAUACGACAUCCGCUAAACCGUGGGUCUUUUAGGAGCAGGAAACAAAACUCCAGCAGGAUCACAGAUCAAGGGAUCUGCCCUUCCAGGGAUUAGGGGAGAAGUGCCAUAAUGGGCGGCCAUAAUGGUGGCAUCACAAGCCACAGUCAAAUGACUAAGCUGGUGGCCGUCAUUUGGGGUGGCCAGGCAUCCAGUCUUAAAGAGCCUCCAGAUGCUCUCAUAAGGUCAUGGUGAGGAGCGUGAAGCCACAACCAUUAGUUUCAGUAGUAUGAAAACCAAUCAUAGUAGCGUUAUGGAAAUGAUUGGCUGAUGACGAGUGCUUCUCACUUUCACACAUUCCCCCAGAGGUGGUUAUUCACUGAACAGCUGCACCUCUUUCUAAGGCCUAGUGUUCUAAGGCUUAACUGAUUAAGAGAAGAAAGAUAGCAUAAGACUAUCUUAAAAUGUAUAUAUAAUCUAAUGAGACAUGACCAUGAACUACAUUUAAUUAACUGGGACGUAAACAUUGGGAGUGUAGAAAUGGUUCUCAAAAAAUGGGAUGUUCUUUAAUAGAAGGGUUGAUUUUCAGC